GUGUAAAUUUUGAACAUAAUUAAAACGAAUACAAUUGUGCUGCUUUGCCACUGGAAUGUUUUGUUGCGAUAACUCGAUUGUAAUUCAUGUGACCGAUAGGUGGCAGUGCUUCCUCUGAUCCCAUAAAACUGACAGAGGACCGUGUAAUAAUCCCUUUAGCUCUGCUCGUCUCCAGUGUAUGUGGAGGAAGGAUCUGGGAGGAGGGGGGGGGGGUGGAAUGAGACACACCUCUCCGUGACGUCACAGCAACCAAAGCAUGCUAGAUUGUUCUCGUGAGGGAGUCACAGAGACCGGCUUGCGCUGUCAAAAGUUUUGCAACUCCUGGGAAGUGAGUGUGGAAAUAGGAAUAAGCAGUUCCUGUAAUUGGCACCUCGUUUACCCCUGGCAUUUUCUUCAUACACCAGAUAAGAGAGGGCACGGAACUGCCCACAAACAGCUCGGACUUGGUUCUGGUCCCCGUUGGUGUAUAUAUAUACCUCUGGCAAUGGAUUGAAGUGUUCACUGGCUGCUAAUGAGGCGUUCUGUGGAUUUGAGUUGCUGAAACGAGACCGGUGUAGAUAAGACACAGAAUCCUUCCUAUUUUCUUGGUGGUAGCUGAAGACUCGGGAUGGGCUCUUUUAGUCGGAGUGUGGGAUUAUAUAUCUGCAUCUUCUUCCUCAGUCAGUGCUGCUUUUCUCUGGAAGAGAAGAAAGUCUGCCUUGGAAAUAAUAACCGAUUAAAUCAGCUGGGUAACACAGAAGAACACUAUGCCAGCCUUAAAAGAAUGUAUGAUGGUUGUGAAAUUGUGCUUGGAAAUCUGGAGAUCACUUAUUUAGACCGUCUGAAUGAUACCUCCUUCCUACGGAACAUACAAGAAGUGGGCGGAUAUGUUCUCAUAGCACUCAACUCUGUUAAAUCCAUUCAUCUUGAAAACCUUCAAAUUAUUCGUGGGAAUAUGCUGUAUAAAAACUACUAUGCUCUCGCUAUAGUGAGUAACCUAAAUACCUCUAAUGCUUUGGAGGAACUGCAAAUGGGACGUUUGACAGAAAUUCUCAAUGGUGGGGUCCUCGUUACAAAAAAUGAGAAACUUUGCUACUUGAAUACAAUCCAGUGGAAUGAUAUCAUGCAUAUGGACAAUCCCAUCAAUAAAAUAUCUGUGGAUAAAAGUUUUUCUUUCCUGUGUCCUAAAUGUGAUGCAGAAAGCUGCAAUGGAUCGUGCUGGGGACCUGGACCCGGAAACUGUCAGAAAUUAACAAAGGUCAUCUGUGCCCAGCAGUGCUCAGGUCGUUGCAGGGGUCCACUGCCAAGUGAUUGCUGUCAUAGCCAAUGUGCUUCAGGCUGUACAGGGCCAAAGGAAAACAACUGCCUGGCUUGCCGUAAAUUUCGAGAUGGUGAAACAUGCAAAGAAGGCUGUCCUCAGUUGCAGACAUAUAAUCCUGCAACAUACCAAAUGGAAAUAAAUCCUUAUGGAAAGUACAGUUUUGGAGCUUCAUGUGUAAAAAAGUGCCCACAUAACUACGUUGUGACGGAUCAUGGAUCGUGUGUCCGAACUUGCAACUCAGAUUCCCAAGAAGUAGAGGAGAAUGGCAUCCGAAAAUGCAAAAAGUGCGAUGGGUCAUGUACCAAAGAUAAGGUUUGCGAUGGAAUCAACAUGGGAAAGCUCAAACAUGCUUUGUCAGUAAAUGCCUCAAAUAUCGAUUUGUUUCAAAACUGUACCAAAGUAAAUGGAGAUGUGACCUUUUUAUAUGUCGCAGAAAAAGGUGACACCUAUACCAACACUAAAAAACUGGAUCCUGCAAAGUUAACUGUAUUUAAAUCUGUCCGAGAAAUAACAGGAUCCUUACUGAUUCAGUGGUGGCCAGAAAAUUACACAGACCUAAGUGUGUUUGAGAAUCUUGAGAUUAUCCGAGGCAGAACAAAGCAGCGUGGCAUUUACGCCCUUGCUAUUGUGCAAAGAUCCCUAACUGCCUUGGGUCUGCAAUCCCUCAAAGAAGUGAGUGAUGGAGAUGUUUUCAUUAAAGGAAACAAGAAUCUCUGCUAUGUUAACACCAUCAACUUUACAAACAUCUUUAAAAUGUCAAAACAGGCAAGGAUAAUAGAUGAAAACAAAAGUCCCGAGCUGUGUGAAAGUGAAGGCAAGAUCUGUGACACGUUGUGCUCUGAGGAGGGAUGUUGGGGACCUGGGCCUUCCCAAUGUGUUUCCUGCAGUAAAUAUAUCCGUGGAAUGGAAUGUGUAGAGACCUGCAACUUUCUUAGCGGGGAGCCAAGGGAAUACACAGUCGAUGGCAGUUGCUUUGCCUGUAAUGCAGAGUGUUUGCAGCUGAAUGACACCCAAAGUUGCUCUGGUCCUGGUGCAGAUGAAUGUUUUAAAUGUGCCUACUAUAGUGAUGGUCCAUUCUGUGUCAAGACUUGCCCAGCUGGAAUCCAAGGAGAAAAUAACACUUUAAUUUGGAAGUAUCCUGAUGAAACUGGAGCAUGUCAGUUCUGCCACCCAGAAUGCAAACUGGGAUGUGUGGGACAUGGCAUAGAGGGAUGUCCUCCUCCUUGGUCCAACCAUUCUGUUGCUGCAGGUGUUGUUGGAGGCAUUCUUGGAGCUGUUGUGAUUGGGCUUGUUGCAUUCUUCCUUAUUAGAAGGAAUCGAAUUAACAGGAAACGUACCAUACGCAGGAUUCUUCAAGAAAGAGAGCUGGUUGAACCUGUUACCCCCAGUGGAGAGGCACCUAAUCAAGCUCUUCUCCGGAUCUUAAAGGAGACAGAGUUCAAGAAAAUAAAAGUCCUUGGCUCUGGUGCAUUUGGUACAGUUUACCAGGGGCUAUGGAUUCCUGAAGGGGAGGGCAUCAAGAUCCCUGUUGCUAUUAAGGAGUUGCGAGAAGCCACAUCCCCUAAAGCCAACAAAGAAAUCCUAGAUGAAGCAUAUGUCAUGGCCAGUGUGGAGAACCCCUAUGUUUGCCGCCUGUUAGGAAUCUGCUUGACCUCCACUGUGCAGCUCAUCACCCAGUUAAUGCCAUUUGGUUGUCUCCUUGAUUAUGUUAGAGAAAAUAAAGACAACAUUGGAUCACAGCAUCUUCUCAACUGGUGUGUGCAGAUUGCCAAGGGUAUGAAUUAUCUUGAAGAGAGACGUUUGGUGCAUCGUGAUUUAGCUGCCAGGAAUGUUCUUGUUAAAGGUCCACAACAUGUCAAGAUCACAGAUUUUGGGCUAGCAAAGCUUUUGGGAGCAGAAGAGAAAGCGUAUCAGGCAGAAGGGGGCAAAGUGCCAAUCAAAUGGAUGGCAUUAGAGUCAAUCUUGCACAGAACCUACACCCAUCAAAGUGAUGUUUGGAGUUAUGGGGUCACAGUGUGGGAAUUGAUGACAUUUGGUUUGAAGCCCUAUGAUGGAAUUCCAGCCAGUGAAAUUUCAAACAUUUUGGAAAAAGGGGAGCGUCUUCCUCAACCACCAAUCUGCACCAUUGAUGUCUAUAUGAUUAUGGUGAAAUGUUGGAUGAUUGAUGCCGAGAAUCGUCCAAAGUUCCGGGAACUGAGUGGUGAAUUUACCAAAAUGGCUCGUGACCCAACCCGCUACUUAGUCAUUCAGGGAGAUGAUAGAAUGCAUUUACCAAGUCCUGUUGAAUCCAAUAUCCAUCCUGCAUUGGUUGAAGAACAUCUAGGUGACAUUGUCGAUGCUGAAGAGUAUCUGUUGCCGCAUCAAGGAUUCUUCACUAGUCCCUCAAAUUCUAGAACACCUUUACUAAGCACAAUGAGUUCUACUAGCAACAACUCACCUGUCAUAUGCAUCACUCGAAAUGGGGGGCCGCCUGCUAGCGAAGACAGCUUUGUUCAAAGAUACAGCACCGAUCCAACAGUCAUUUUGGAAGACAGCAUUGAUGAUGAGUUCCUGCCUGUGCCAGAAUAUGUAAAUCAGAUGGUUCUAAAACCACUUGUGGAGACACAGACAAAUUCAGUAUAUCAAAAUCUGAUUCCAUCUGGGAAUACUAUGUCUCCUAAGGAGAACCUUUACCAGAAUUCUCACAGCAAUGGCCUUAACAACCCAGAGUAUUUGAACGCAGACCAAACCCUUGUAACUAAAACUGACUUUGAUUAUUCUUCCAUCUGGGACCAAAAGGCCAACCUUCAGAUAAAUCUGGAUAACCCUGACUAUCAGCAGGAUUUCUUCCCAAAAGAACACAAAACCAAUGGACAUUUUAAAAUUCCUGCAGCACAAAACCCUGAAUACUUUGGUUUGGCACCCGUGACCGAUUAUGUUGAAGCUUCAGCAUGACCACAAGGGCAGAUAACAAUCCUGGCAUCCUUUUGUUUUGGGAAAUAGAUGGGUUUCUUUGGCCUUUGCGAAUAUGUGAAUAGCACUGGAACCCACUGACUUAUGUACAGUAUAAUUUGGCAAAGACAUUGGAGGCACAUUAUGGAUAGAUAAUGGAACAUUAACUUGGAAGUGGCAAAAGAUUUCUUCAGUGUUGCUUCAGCAAACCUUUUAUAUAGAAAUUACAUAUAAAUAGAAAUUACAUAUAAAUAUAUUUUUUUUAUUCUGUACCAAAACAACAUUACAUUUCUUUUAUUUUUCUUUCUUUUCUUUUCUUUUUUCUACAAGUUAUAGCAAUUAUGGCACCUUUUUGUGAAUAUUGGAUUGCAUUGUGGGAAAAUUCAUUUUUAAUAGCAAAACAGAGGAGCUUAUUUUGGUGGAAAAACUUGAAAGAGCUAUUGUGGUUUCUCCACUCAGACUACACAAAACAAUAUUUGACAUAAUAUUCCCAUGACAUUUCGACAACAGACUUGGAAAUGUGAUCCUCUGUACCCAGCAGGGCAGUUUAUCAAAAUACAAGAUAAUUGUUUGUUCUACCAGAAGAAAAUAUUAACCUUGGCUAAAAUAAGCAAUGGUUAAUUACAUUCCUCCUGCUGUUGAUGAAUUACAGCAUCCUCACUGCCAUUUGGGCAACCUUGGCAUUUCAUCACCAAGAUGCAUGUAUGUAUCAGCUGUCUUUUAUGAGUUUUUAAAACCACCCAAACUGUAUUAUGUAUAGUGAAAAAAUGUAUUUCUAAGCAGCUUUCUAAUAUACAUCAAUAAAUAUAUUUCAAAUGUUUCAAAAAUAAUGUGUAAAUGGAAUUGCAAUUACAAAAAAGCAAUGCUUGUUUAAUCUGUUCUCUGCUAAUACACUUGUCUCAGUUUCUCUUCCAGAUCUGUUGACUUCUAAAACUUUAUAUACAGGAGUCAAAAUUAGCAGAGAAUAUAAACAACCAGACAGAUAUUGCUUCCAACUGCAAUUGCAUUUACAAAUAAAUGGCACUUAUUCGAAGUGCUGAAAUAUGGUCAUGCAAAAUGUAAUUUUGGUUGACAUAUCUUUAAUAAAAGGUGUAGAUAUCAGAAACAUCAUAUGGAGGCCAUCAUGUUCUUACACAGCCUUGCUCAGCUUGGCCUAACUGCUAAAAUAUAAUAAUGAUUCCAGAUUAAAUACAACUCUGAAUAUUUAUAAAUAAAAAAGGCAAUUAUGCUUGCCUGUACUUUAACCAUGUUAAAAUUUUAAAGGACACGGAAAGUCUAAAAUAGAAUAAGUCUAGAAAUGCUGUAUUUUGUAUACUAAACAUGAACUUACUGCACCACACCACAAACCUAAUCGAUCAAAUGAUGUAUGCUUUCAAAGUUGGCCAUAGGGGGUCACCAUCUUGUAACUUUGUUAAACAUCUUUGCAAGACAAGCCU